AUGGAGCCUCCGGGCGAGGAGCGUCCCGACAACAACAACAACAACAACAAGGAUGCAGACUAUGAAUUCGAAACCCUCAAAUAUCAACUGCUUGGUCCCUCCCUGACCAAAGCCGGUCAGGAUGCCGUGGAUCAGCGGAAGGUGUCCGAAAUCAUCUACAACGCCUCCAAGGGCUCCAAGUUCUUCCACCACGAGCAGAACCGCGACAAGGUCCUGACGGAGAAGAUCGCGCGGAUUCUCCGCGAGAAGGCCCACCUCGCGACGCUCGAUCUCUCGGCGGACCUCCGGCGCGCGGACCAGCUGAUCGCAGAGCUGGAGCUGACACGGGAUCUAAGUCAGCACGUCGUGCACGUCGACUGCGACGCCUUCUUCGCGGCGGUCGAGGAGCUGGACCACCCAGAGCUGAAGACCGUGCCCAUGGCCGUCGGCAAGGGCGUCCUGACGACCUGCAACUACGAGGCGCGCAAGUUCGGCGUCCGCAGCGGCAUGGCCUCCUUCGUGGCCAUGAAGCUCUGCCCGCGGCUGGUCUGCCUGCCGAUGAACUACGACAAGUACAGCGCCAAGGCGAGGGAGAUCCGCGCGGUCUUCGCGCGGUAUGACCCCCUUUUCGAGAGCGCGAGCAUCGACGAGGCCUACCUCAACCUGACAGCCUACUGUGCGGAGAACGGGGUGGGCGCGGAGGAGACGGUCGAGCGCAUGCGCGCCGAGGUGCUGGCCGAAACCAAGGUCUCGGUCUCGGCGGGCAUCGCGGCGAAUGCCAAGCUGGCCAAGAUCGCCUCGAAUCGGAAUAAGCCGAAUGGCCAGUUCUGCGUGCCGAGCGAGAGAGUGGCGAUCAUGGCGUUCAUGCGGGAGCUGCCAGUGCGGAAGGUGAAUGGGGUGGGGCGGGUGUUCGAGCGCGAGCUGGAGGCGAUCGGCAUCAAGACCUGUGGGGAUAUCUUCCCGCAGCGGGCGUAUCUGACGCGCCUGUUCGGGGAGAAGGCGGCGUACUUUCUCAUGCAGUGCUAUCUGGGUCUGGGAAGGACGAAGAUUCAGCCCGUGGAGAACUAUGAGCGGAAGAGUGUGGGCACGGAGCGCACGUUUCAUGAGUUGGGCGGUAAGGAGGAGCUUCGCGCGAAGUUAUGGUCAGCCGCCGAGGAGCUGGAAAAGGACCUCGCUCGCACGGAGUUCAAAGGUCGUACCCUGGUGUUGAAGGUCAAGCUGGCAACCUUCGAAGUGCUCUCGCGGCAAUGUCAGCCCUCACGCGCGGUAUUCACCGCCAAGGAUCUCUAUGCCUUCUCCCUGCCAAUGCUGGAGAAGCUGGAAAAGGAGAUCCCUGACAUGAAGCUGCGAUUGCUUGGUCUGCGCUGCACCAAUCUCGUGAGCACCAAGAAAGUCGGCAUCGAGUUCUUCGGGGUCGCCCCUCGGCCUAAACCAGCCGUGGAGCCGUCUACCGACGACAAUCCCGACCAAGAGAUCGGCGCGGAAGAAGCGUUUGAAAGAGCUGCACGUCAGGAGUUACACGACGAGAUGAAUGAGAUUGAGAAGCUCAGCCAGGAAAUCUCCGAAUCAGCAGAUGUCGACGGCAAGCCGGCCCAGAACACAGCCCCAGCGUAUUGGGAUUGUCCGAUAUGUUUGAAACCCCAGGUGGCCGAUGAUCGGGCCUUCAACGACCAUGUCGACUACUGUCUCUCCAAGCAGACCAUUAAAGAGGCGGUCCAGGGUACCACUGAGCAUAUCCGCGAAGAAACCCCGCCGGCGGCGUCCAAACCCCGCAAACGCAAACCUCCCGGACAGGAAUCUCCGGAUCCGCGACAGAAGAAACUGUUCUUUUCUUGA